CUGCCUGUAACCGCCGCUAGUGAGAAGCAGCGGCAAACUCCAAAUCAAGCUGCAGCAAACCCUUAUUCUCUUCUCAAAUACUCACACUUAACUCGAGAUCUUUGUCAUAUUUGCUAGGUUGUGUUGGACUCAGUGGCACUAGGGUUACUCCACCAAGCUUUCUGUUAAAACUUCGAGGCCAGGCAGAUUUUCAUCGCUUCAAAAUGAGUUGUCUAUCAAGCCUACAGCAUUUUUGCCUUUUUCUGCUCAUUCUUGCUGUCCCAGCAUUCAGUCAGAGCAGUGUGGCCAACACAAAGGUGUUGCAUGUUGGCAAGGAGCUACUGAAGGAAACUCUACCACUACAAAGUGGCUCCUGCUUAUAUCAACUGCAAGGGCUAAAAUCAAAUAUGUGGUAUGAAGUGAAGAUAUCAUAUCCCGCUUCUAUACCGGCUAGUUUCUCUAUACAACUUAAAAACGCAAGUUCUGAUCCGGAGCUGAACUUUGGAAGGAAAUUGCUGAAUACAGAGAAGUUAAUUUUCAAAACUGACAAGCUGGAAUCGCUGGAUGACCAGGGUGGAUUAUAUGUUUUAGUGAGUGUGAUGCCUGAGGGAGUUGUUGCCAUACCAGGAGCAAAAGAGAGAAAGUACAUCAUAUUUAAUAUAGUUUGUGAUGAACUAUUUUUGGGCAUUCCUCACAAGGCCUGGUAUGUGGCGAUAUUGGUAUUGCUUUGCUUGGUUAUUGCAUUCCUGAUCCCAUCUUUUCUCCCACCAUACCUUCUAUUGAAGAAUCAAGAGUCACGUGGAGCUAAAGAUUCAUAGCUGCAUUUUCUGCCACAAAAUGGGAACAAUGAUGUUAUGAGUUCAGACUUGAAAUGUUGCAGCUUAUUGCUGGAGGAUUUUCUAAAUGAGAUUAACGUGUGCCUCUGAACAAGAUGGUCCUUAUCUUUCGAGGAAAAUGUGAUUGAUAUGCAUAUGAAUGUCUACUUUGUGUUUGUUCUGAACAAAGUUUGUAAUCUUACAAUAAGCAGUGGGGUGUCAAGCUGGAGGAUACAUUUUUGAUUAAGUUGAUAGGCGCAGAUUGCAGAAUAGGUUCGUGUGAGUUUUGGGAUAGGAAAUGAUCUCCUUUUGCAGUCCCUUGUCUUUAAUCUCAUAAGAUGACUAAAUCUUGGGCAAUAACUGGGAACUGCUUUAUCUUAUGGUUCGACUUUAAACCAGCAAUGACUGUUACUGCAUCCA